GAGAGGCAGGGACCGCGCGAGCUGGGGGAGGCGCCGCGCACCCGGACCGGCGGAGACGGGCGGCCCCACGCCGCGCCAGGCUGGGCGAGCGGGAGGACCCGUGCAGCGCCCGGGGAAGGGGCAAGGCUCGCGGGCGGAGGGCGCUCCAGUCCCGAUCCUUGUCACUUGCGGGCGCUGCAGGCUGGGGACACCAGCGCGCGGGUAGCGCGGACCGACUGACUUACUGACCGACGGACUGAGGCACGUCCGCUCCACCCCACCCCUUGGCAUCCCAGCGCCGGCGCCGCCUCCCUCCCGCUACUCCCGCGGCCACCCCAUCCUUCUGCACUUCUUUUCCGCCUCCGCCUCCUCUAGGCUCCCGCGGCGCCAGUGCCGCCCCCUGGCCCGGGCGGGGCGCCUCCGCUCCCUGCAGAGCCCUCUGUGGGGGGGACGUUCCGUUCUAGCGGAGAAGCAGUCCCUGCGCUGGGCGAGAGGUGCCCAGGGAGCUGCCCAUCCGAGGACCAGGGGAUGCGAAGGGAUUCCCUGCUGCCAGCCUCUUUCUCAGUCCUUUGGAGUUCGGCCUAAUAGAAGACAGAGGGUAUGAAGUCGAUCCUAGAUGGCCUUGCAGACACCACCUUCCGCACCAUCACCACGGACCUCCUCUAUGUGGGAUCGAAUGACAUUCAGUACGAAGAUAUCAAAGGCGACAUGGCAUCCAAAUUAGGGUACUUCCCGCAGAAAUUCCCUUUAACUUCCUUCAGGGGCAGUCCCUUCCAAGAAAAGAUGACUGCGGGAGAUAGCCCUCAGUUGGUCCCAGCGGACCAGGUGAACAUUACCGAAUUUUACAACAAGUCUCUUUCGUCCUACAAAGAGAAUGACAACAUUCAGUGCGGGGAGAACUUCAUGGACAUGGAGUGCUUCAUGAUCCUGAACCCCAGCCAGCAGCUGGCCAUCGCCGUGCUGUCCCUCACGCUGGGCACCUUCACGGUUCUGGAGAACCUGCUGGUGCUCUGCGUCAUCCUGCACUCCCGCAGCCUCCGCUGCAGGCCUUCCUACCACUUCAUCGGCAGCCUGGCGGUGGCAGACCUUCUGGGGAGUGUCAUCUUCGUCUACAGCUUCGUGGAUUUCCACGUGUUCCACCGCAAAGAUAGCCCCAACGUCUUUCUGUUCAAACUGGGCGGCGUCACAGCCUCCUUCACGGCCUCGGUUGGCAGCCUGUUCCUCACAGCCAUCGACAGAUACAUAUCUAUUCACAGGCCCCUGGCCUAUAAGAGAAUCGUCACCAGGCCCAAGGCUGUGGUGGCCUUCUGCCUGAUGUGGACCAUCGCGAUUGUGAUCGCCGUGCUGCCUCUCCUGGGCUGGAACUGCAAGAAACUGCAAUCGGUGUGCUCAGACAUUUUCCCACUCAUCGAUGAAACCUAUCUGAUGUUCUGGAUCGGGGUGACCAGUGUGCUGCUGCUGUUUAUCGUGUACGCAUACAUGUACAUUCUCUGGAAGGCUCACAGCCACGCGGUCCGCAUGAUUCAGCGCGGCACCCAGAAGAGCAUCAUCAUCCACACGUCGGAGGACGGCAAGGUGCAGGUGACUCGGCCGGACCAAACCCGCAUGGACAUCAGGCUGGCCAAGACCCUGGUCCUGAUCCUUGUGGUUUUGAUCAUCUGCUGGGGCCCUCUGCUUGCCAUCAUGGUGUAUGAUCUCUUUGGGAAGAUGAACAAGCUCGUGAAGACGGUGUUCGCCUUCUGCAGUAUGCUCUGCCUGCUGAAUUCCACCGUGAACCCCAUCAUCUAUGCCCUGAGGAGCAAGGACCUGAGACACGCGUUCCGGAGUAUGUUCCCCUCGUGUGAAGGCACCGCGCAGCCCCUUGAUAACAGCAUGGGCGACUCGGACUGCCUGCACAAACACGCAAACAACACAGCCAGUGCUCACAGGGCCACGGAGAGCUGCAUCAAGAGCACUGUCAAGAUCGCCAAGGUGACCAUGUCUGUGUCUACAGACACAUCUGCCGAGGCUGUGUGAGCCUGAUGCCUCAUGGGCAACACAGGAAAAGAAAUUAUUUUUUUUUAAGCUAAAAAUCUAGAAGAGUCUGUCGUCUCAUCAGUUAUAUUUUUUAAGUUUAUCGUGCUCACUGAAAAGGUGAUGGUUACCAUGAUCAGUUGUCUGUUCGCUGACGUUUUGAUAGUGUAGAUUCUCAAACUCAGUUCUCCAGGGAUUUACAGUGAAGAAAGCCUGUUGCUUAAGUGACUGGAAGGUCCUUCAAAGUGUCAGUGAAACAGGAGGGAAGCCUUUUGCUACACAAUUUGCAGUCUAAGUACCACUGGAACAGCGCCAUGAAAUGAGUAAUGCCUUUGCAACCACCACUUUCAUUAUAAUGUGAAAUGUAUUUGUCCAUCAGUAUCAGAGCUGUCCAUUUUUACAAGUUAUAGUACUAAAGUAGAGCUAUUUUGUAAAAUGUAUUGUGUCCUGUGAAAUGUGUACCAGUGUUUACUAUGUGUUGUUUAUAUUUGUCUAGUUCAGCAAAACUGAAAAGUAGAAUUUUAUGAAAACAGUGGAAUAUAAGCAGUGGGUAUAUGCCAACGAGACCACUUUUUUUAAAGAGUAUUGCCCAUGAUAUAACUUUAGAAACCUGAAUAUUUUUCAAAUAUCUAUUUAAAUUUGACAUUGGAAAUAAUGAUAAAGGUUGUUGUUGUUGUUUUCUGUUAAUACAACAAGAAGAAUUGGAAGACUCUCCAAAGUAUUGAGCAGAAUUCAGUGACACUUAAAAAUUUAUUAGCUCUGCAUUUUCAUACAAGGACAUUUAUGAUCUUCUGGACUAAAGCUAUUCUCUUGGGUGAUGGAUUACAAUUAUAACAGGGGGGAAAGGUAUAUUGACUUUUUUGGCUGACGUCUCUGACUUUCUUUAGUCUUUAGCUAUUACUGGACCUCUUAAGACAGCAUGUGUCAAUCUUAAUGUAUAUUGUUAUCACUGUGCAAUUGCUGUUUACUUGAAGAGUAUUGUAUUCUUGUAUUCCAGGUUUAAGUAGAUUUUAUGCCUGGGUGGCCAAACAACAGUCUUCAUUUUUUUUUCUUAAUUGAAAAGAAGUAUUGUCUGGAUCAGUAAAAUUGUACUGUGUGUGAGUGUGAAUAUAAAUGUGUGUACGUGUGUGUUCUAUCCUGCAACUGUUACCGUAAUGUCAUAAAGUGAGAAAACUGUGACCAAGUGUAAACUGUACCACUUGCUGCACUCUUGUACAUGAAUUCAGUUUCUAAAAUCGAGUUCAUUGAGAUAAUCUUGUUGAUAAAAAUACUGACCAUGAGCAUUCAGAACCCUCCCCCACCUCUACCACUGCCUUUAAGAGGCUGGGUCAAGUAUUACUAAAUUGACCUUCAGAUAUUUUAUAAGACCAGUGUUUAGCAAGGAAUAAUCAGUAAUGAACAUUUAAGUGAAGGUCUGUAUUUACAGUGUUAAUUGCAGGAAAUGAGUGUUUUGGUUUCUGAGCCCAUAAUAUGAAUCAAGUCCAUGGAGAUGUAAGUCGUUAUAAGCAAAGUGGUUCUAAAAAUCCUACAAUGGUAACAUUUUUUGAUUAUGCUUGUAGGUAGUGUGAUCCCGGCUUAAGUAACACACACGGCUUCCUGGGAGUGAGACGGCCAGGUCCAGCCGGUGUGGCUAAGGGGCCUAUCAGACAGUGAGUGGGUGGGUGAGACCGAAAAGGGCAGUGAGGAGCUGACAUACCCGUGAUAGAGGCCUGGAUGACAUAUGGCUGCUCUGUGCUUCACCCAGACGCCCUUGGGGACAACCCAGCACCCAGCUGGUUUGGGUUAAGGAAUAGACCUCUUGUCUAGUCCUGGUAACCAAGAUCUUCUACAGCAUAAGGAUGAGCAUGGCUUCCUUUCCUCCCACACCCUGGUCUGCUACUCCUUAAUGGUGCUCAGAGUCAGGCCCUUUCCCAGCAAGCUUAAGAAAUGGAUACUGCUUAAGAAACCACUUGACUGGCAAACUUUACUUAUAAUCUUCUCCUUAUGCAGCCAAAGCACGGCUCCUGCAGGAUCCGGAGGCCUGCAUAGCAUGAAGUGAAAUGGAGAGCUAGUGUUUUUGGUGACUUUUUAGAUAUUUAGAUACCUGUGCAGCCUGGCCUAAGGCUGAACGUGGCCUGUGGACCAAGCUGAGGUACUUUAAUCAUCUGUGUACAUAGCUCAAAUCCACCCACUGGUUCCCUUGCUUUACCUCUCUGUGAUAUGCAGAUGAGGGCUCAGGUUGCUAGAGCAUUAAUAAGAUCUCUUUAGAAGAAGGAGAAAAGAUUCUUUAUGAAAAAACUCACCAGGGUCUAGUUUUCAUUUAAGAAAUGUCACUCUUUUGUCCCGCAUUAGCCUGAAUAUUAGCCUACAUGUCUCAGAGCUCACUAGACAAUACAAACUUUCUUCUCACAGCUAUGAAGACAUGGUAAAAGUGAAAUUCUACUUAUUGGUAAAAAAAAACAACACAACAAAUCUCCAGGAUUCAUUUUGAAACUGUAUUUGUAUGUAUGCAAUGUAGAUUUUAUAGUGUGUUGUGCUUUCAAGAUCUAAAUCAUAUAAUCAAUGAAGGGACCAUGGGGCUGACAGCACUAAACUUGGUGCUUACUGAUAUUCUAAGAAAUAUCUGUGAAAUAUCACCAUGUAUGUGUUAUACCUCCUUCAUUUUAAAACAAAUUCGUUUGAUUCCCUUUGACACUUUAAUAUCGUUUCCUAACCAGGUUACUCAGAUGUCCUCUCAUGAAUAUACUCAGAGUUACCAUUUAUUAGUAUCAUGCAUUAAUUAGUUCCUUAAUUAGAUCUAUUAAUUUAAACAUACUUUAGAUUUCAAUAAGUGUUUAAAGGUCCAACUUCAGAGUUAUCUACUUUCCUCUGAGAAUAAUACAUUUGUCCUGACCAUGCAUUCCACCAUCACGUAUGUCGUCAGAAAGGGCCAAACUUCCAACCUGCUCACUUUCUUCAGAGUAAUGAUGAAUCUUUCAGUCCUACACUGGGAAUGUCUUUUUUUUUGCAUGGGGCUCUUAGCGAUGUGGGCAGACUUGCUAAUUUAGUGGCUGGUACUUAUCAGGAGUAUACAUGCAUGUGUUCUGAACCAGCUCAGACUCGCCACAGUAAGCAGCUUUGUGGCUAGCAAAAGAGAAAGGGCAGUUGUUUAGACAAGGAGGGCUGCUCCCAAGAACUUCUAAUUUUUCAUUAUCUGUGAAAUAUAUGUAAAAGAAACACGAAUCUGGGAAAAGCUGGGACAUAUGCCUACACUUGAGAUGGUUCCCAAGCCUCCCCAUCCAUCACUUUGAGUCAAGUCUAUCUGGCAUUAGGUGUCAAAGCAUUUCAGCCGCCUACACUCACCCUACCACCAGAUGAGAAUUAGAGCCUGGAUGAGUAGCAUUCUAGUUAGUGCCCUAAUGAUUAAUUUCUGCCAUUCCAUGUCUGUAAAAGAGACCACCAAUAUCAUGCGCAAAAUUAGAUUUCUCACAAUCUAGCUGUAUAUUUGUAUGAUAUUUUAAAAUCUCCUAAAUGCUGGGCAAUGGCUAUAAACAAAUGUCUUGCACUGGCCUUCUGAUGAAAUGUUAACAACGCCUAUUGUAAUAUAGACAAAACAUUUUAUCUACUGAUUUGGGCUGAAUGUAUGUAAAUAGGUUUAAAAAAAAAAAGUCAGAUGUUGAAGCAGUGGCCUACGAAUCAGUAAUUUUCAGAUAGAAGAGUUUCUUUCCUUUGCUGUAGCCUCCUAAAAGCUGUCUUCACUUAAAUUUAGUGCACUAGGCCUGCUGGGGAUUGGAGUCCCCAGGAAAGGAAACCUUUUCUUGUAAUAAUAUAAAUGAAGAUACUAGAUCAUCUGGGUUCUUCCAACGUUUCAAGUGGAAAACAAUUCUUUAUUGUCUGUAAAUCUAACAUUAUUACUUUUCCUCUUAGAAAAAUAUUGUAUUGUUAGGUGUUUGUUGAGCUGGUAACAUCCUUGCAACUGCUGCAGUUUCGUUGUUAGUAAUCUGUAUAAUAUUUUGUACACAAGUACCGGUAAGAUUGUUAUUCACUGUAGCUUCAGUCAUUAAAUUACUAUAGCAAAGUAGUACUUCUGUAAUAUUUAUAAUGUAUUAAGCCCACACUCUAUUUUAUUUCAAUGAUAUAAUUACAUUGUCAUUUAUAAAAUUGUUACUUACUAAGGAAAACAUCCCAUCAUGUCAAUUGUCCAAAGUUACCUGGAAUUAAAUAAAAAUUCUAGAUUAUCAUGAAUAACAUAAAA